GUGGACUAUGGACAUGGCAUGUGUAGUGUACAUCUCCAAAUCUCCAGUGAACCUGCAAACACUGCUGUCACGACUGCAUACGGCUCCAGCACACGGCAUUUUUCAGCUCGGGGUACAGUAAUAGUGUGGGUCUCAAUCUAGCAAGGAACAGACAGAGCGUAGAAUCGGCGACAGCAGCAUUUUUUACGGAGAGAUUGCGCAACCAGUCCGUGGGAGAUCACGGUCAGAACUUCAAGUUCUCGUGUCCUGCUGCGAGAGCUCGCUUGGGAACAAGAGUCAAUAGCAGCAUGGGGAACAAGGAAUCGUCGCAUUCUUCCACGUUCUCAAGGGGCCAGGGCGCCACAUCAGACUUCCGGGAUGCCUUGACGAGCUUGCCAGGCAGCGCUCCCAAGAACAAGACCGGGAGGAAGGUGACGGCCCAAAAGAUGAAGACGGCAGAAGCCACGGGCGUGCUGGCACUGCAAGAGCAUGGCCUUAAGGAAAUACCAGAGGGGCUUUUCACGCUGGUCAAGCUCAGGACGUUGAACAUGGCGUCCAACUCCCUCAAGCUCCUACCUGCGGCGAUGAGCACCCUCACCAAGCUCAAGAUCCUGCGACUCGAUUCCAACAAGCUCGAGGCUAUCCCAGACCUCAGCGCGCUUUCUUCCCUGACGGACAUCUCCGCGGGAUCAAAUCGGCUCGCCGGGGCAGGAGCUUUGGGGGCGCUGCCGGGGUGCCUGAAGAAGCUUAUGCUGCGGGAUAACAGCCUGGGGGAGGUGCCAGCAGCCGUGCUGGACGGGCUUCCGGCGCUUCAGGUGCUGGACCUAUCAGCCAAUGGGAUCGAAGGCCUCCCGCCCUUCGGAGCCACGCUUCCGGCCCUGGAGGAGCUCAUCCUUGACGACAACUCGUUGCGGGCGUUGGGACACGAGCUGGUGGGGCUGGCAAAGCUGAAGAAGCUCUCGGUUAGAUCGAACCGCAUCGCGGCCGUGGACCCGUUCAGCGGGCAACAGUCCAUAUCUCGAGGGUUGUUCGCCGACUCUGCGGUGGAGUCCCUGGAGCUCGCGGGCAACGCCCUCGACAAGACGGACCUGAUGCGGAUGGAAGGGGUGGACGACUUCCUGGCCCGCAGAGAGAAGAACAAGAACAAAAACUUGCAGGGGGGAGGGAUGCUGACACUUUCCGUCUGCGGCCUGGACUAGCGGCGCUUCGUUUUUCGUUGUUUGGCCUGCUGGGCAUCCCCUACCGCCGCCAACACCUGUGGCAGCGAAAAGACAUAUGUUGCUUUGUUCGGAGGUUUAGUCUGAUUUCUGUAUGUUGUGUCUUCGACUUGGGCAAGGUUCAUGUUCAAGGCUAUUGUUGCGUGUUUCAUCGAAGGGCCAUGUUGGCGAAGGGCAAGGUUGGCGCGGCCAAAGGCGCGCUUGUUGUGGUAUCCCCAUGCCUUUGCUGUCUCGGCACAGGCAAGUUGUCCUUAUCAUUUGUAAGCUACUUUGAAUCAGCGUUUGAAGGUGUGGUGUAUUGAAGUGCAUUUUUAUUCGGGUUGUGUUUCUUUGGAGACCCUGUAGCACGCUUGAAUUCAAUACCUCAGUGCUGCACAUAUACGACGGCAUAAAAAGGUACCAAACCUCUCGUAAGAACUCAGGCUGCAGGUCAGGCCGCGUUUGUACAGGGUAGGCUGAAGCACCGGCGGCGUGUUUGUCCAUAAUGGUAGUGUAGCUAUAGUGAUGGUGUCGACAACAAUGUCACCUUUUUGUAUUGUUCUUUUUCCACCGAGCGAACGAAAAUUAACGUAUUUGUGCACUUCGAGCAUCUGUCCGGCAUGUUGCGUCGGGGUGCGCUGCAUCCAGACAUCGUUCUUCUAUCAGCGGGUGACUUAAACUCUGGUGUAUUGUCCAGCCAUGCACGACAUCACGGUUGUGCUGUAACAUCCGUCCCGGAAUAAUGCUGCCGUUGCUGUCUGUCCGAAU